AUGGCUAUGGAAGGUUUCUCUGGAGUUUUGAGAAGACUGGAAGUGGAUGGGAAAAUCUCUCUCAUUCCAAAGUGCAAGAAAGGUCACAUUUCCCAUCUCAUCUUUGCUGAUGACCUCAUGAUAUUUGUGAAGGCGGUUAGUGACUCAGUCAUAGCUAGUUUGGGGGCUCUAGAUGGGUUUGCUUCCUACUCUGGGUUGCAUCUCAAUAGAGCUAAGUCAUCUAUUAUUUUAGAGGGCCUUACUCAUUCUAACAGAAUGCAACUUCUGGAAUUAACGGGAAGCUUGAAGGAUGGAAAACCAGAUUCCUAUCCUAUGCGAGGAGGUUGUAGCUUAUAUCCUUUGUUCUUCAAGGCUGCUAUAUCUAUUGGUCAGGCAUCUUCGGCUCCCGAUCUAGCCCUUCUCUUAAGAGAAAAAUUCACUAUAUCUCCUGGGAAGCUAUCUGCAAACCAAAACAUGAAGGAGGGCCUUGGCCUCAAGCGCAUUAAGGAGAUGAAUGUUGCUGGAAUUAUGAAGCAAUUUUGGUGGAUUGCCUCUCACAAAAAUAGCUUUUGGGUCAAUUGGAUUUAUACUAGAUACCUAAAAAAUGAUUCCAUUUGGACUGUAAGACCUUCCUCAAAUUCUUCUUGGGUUUGGAGGAAAAUUAUUAAGUACAGAGAUAUUAUAGAGCCUCAUGUGCACCACCUCAUUGGUGAUGGCAGAUUGACAAACCUUUGGUUAGAUAAUUGGCACCCUUCUGGUAUUCUUUUGAAGAGAUUUGGAGAUAGAAUUCAAUAUGAUGUUGAAUCCCCUAGAUUAGCUAAAGUAGUUGAUAUUCUAAGGGAAGGAGAGUGGCAUCCUAGUCCACCUACUUCUAUGGAGCUUAUGGAAACUUGGGGAGCUCUUCCUGAUAUCCACAAGCUUCCUUAUGCUGAUAGGGAUAUGGUGGUGUGGAAAGACACUCUUCAAGAUCCUUUUCCACCAAAUCAGGUUGGGAUAUUGUGUGGCAUCAUGCCUCUAAGAUUGAGUGGAUAG